UUUCUAGGCAACUGAUACCAACAAAACAGGUGCUAAGUGUGUGCAUGCUACUGCUGUCAACAUUUUCCACAUUUUGGAGAUAUUCACAACCUAUUUUAAAGAAGAUAAUUAGUCAUGUCUUGGAGUAGCCAUUGCUAAGCAGUAGUGAAAUGCUGAAAGAGAAUCACAAAGAGAAAUCUGCCAAUUCAAGAGGGAGAGCAGCUGGUGAGUCAAUUCAUGUAACGUUUAGCUAGCUAAGUCAUAUAGUUAGCUAGCUAGGCCUUAUCUUUUCAACAAGUAAAAUCAACCCCUAAUCAACCAUUUCUUUGGGGGUAUAAUUAUGCAUCGGUUGCAAAUGGCUCCGCAUCCUCACCCUGACCCUUUUCUUUUAUUGGAUAAAGAAGUGAUAUUGGAAAAACUCCCACCUGUGAAGGACCGCUCAAGAGCUUUGCAUCACCCUUUGAAACAUCAGACCAGCCUUCGAGAGCAACCGUUUGAGGAUCAUAGACCAAGGGAAAGGACUGCCAUGAAUGAAUGGCAGCAACAGUAUUCCCAAGAGACAUUUCAUCAAUCCAAAUAUUCCUCCCAAAGCAGAACACAUAACUCAGCAAGGACAAAGUAUGUUUACCCUGAAGAACCAGGUGAUAUUGUGUCUGGGAGGAAAGCAGAUGGAGUGGACAAGGCAUUUUCACUGAAGCCUGUUUACCAUAAAAGAACUUUAAUCAUAGAUAGGUUGAGUAAUGACGAGGUAGCUUGUAAACCUAAUGAGUUUCAAAGACUCCCUCCAUAUUUUCCCUCACCACCACAUGAUCAUUCAGAGUAUGAUAGAAGAAGUGGCAUAAUAAGCCAAAGAAGGCCUGCUGAGGAUUCUUCACCAUCAUUGGAAGAGAACACAAACAGCAGAAGGGUUUCUGGGUACAAACGAUCAAAGGGAGAGCAGCAGAGGCUGGAUUAUGAGCGGAGGAUGGCAACGAAAAUUGAAAUGGAUAAACUAAUACUUCAGGAGAAGCUGUUGAAAACUCAGGAAAAAGUGAGAGAAAUGCAGCAGAGGGAGAGAACUGUCUCAGGUGAUAACACUAAGAGGGCAGAGAGGCAUAUUAGGAGACCAGUGGAAAGAGAAAAGGAGUGGAUCGAGAGCAAGGUGUCCUCAGCUGAGCAGAGAAGGGAAAAGGAGAGAGUUCACGAGAUGGAAAGGAGGGAGAGGUUGAUUAUGAGGGAUAAAAGCCGGGAGGAUAUUGAGUGGCAGAGAGAGAAAAAAGAAGAGUUCAAUAGGGAGAGAAGAGAGAAGAAGAGGGCACUUGCAGAAGAGUGGGAGAGGUUGGAAAGAAUGGAAAGGGAAAUUGUGAACAAGCCAGAGUGGAGUAGAGACAGGAGGGCUGAGAAGGACCUAGAGCAACAGAGGGAGAAAAAUGGAGAGUGGAGCAGGAGGGCUAGAGAAAGGGCGAAUGAAAAGGAUACAAAUUGGGAGAGGGAGAAAAGAUUUGAGAGGAAUAGGUGGGAGAGGGAGAAAGUGAAAGAGAGAGAACUAAAUGGGGAGGUUGAGAAGAAAAGAGACUGGGAGAAGGAGUAUAAGUGGGAAAGGUCUUCUAGAGAGAGGUAUGUUUCAGCUGAUGAUAAGAGGCGUGACAUAUUUCAUAGAGGGCUGGAUCAGGAGGGACAGCUUAAAACUUCACAUAGAUCAGUGCCAGGGAGCCGCAGUAGCAUCAAUUGUAGAAAAAUAUCUCGAGAAGCUUCCCACACAUCACCCUCAGUUCACCGCCAGUCAAGUCGGCUACUGCAAGUGGAACUCAGCCCAGUGGAGAGUGCUGACAAUGCUUGCCUCCAGCUCAUCCCUUGCAGGAUUUGCCACAGAAAAUUUGCUGCAGAGAGACUAGAGAAGCACCUUCAGGUCUGUGAGAGGAUGCAGCGCUCCAGCCGUAAAGUCUUUGACUCCUCCAAGUACAGGGCCAAGGGAACUGACCUGGAAGAGUUCAUGAAAACCAACUCAAGAAGCAAGUCUCCUGAGCUAAAGAAGAGCAACUGGAGGCAGAAACACGAGGCAUUCAUUCGUAAUCUGCGCCAAGCCCAUGUUCCAGCAACAGGUGCUUUGCAGCCCCAACCACCUAUCCAAGACAAUGAUGAUUAUGUGACCUGCCCUCACUGUGCCCGCCGAUUUGCCCCUGGGCCAGCAGAGCGACAUAUCCCCAAGUGCCAGAACAUCAAGAGUCGCCCUCCACCUCCCCGCCACCGCCGCUGACGAAACCAACUAAUUUGCAAUGAUGUUUAUAAAAAGCAUUCAAAACUACAUUUUACAUUUGAGUCAUUUAGCAGACGCUCUUAUCCAGAGCGACCUACAAUUAGUGUAUUCAUCUUAAAACAGCUAGAUGGGACAACCACAUAUCUCAGUUAUAAUAAGUAAAUUAUUCCUCAAAGUAUCUAUCAGCAAAGUCAUUGCUAGUAGGGGGGAAAAAAGUCAAGAGCGAAUGUUAGUUCACAAAAGGCAAUUAUUUUGUAUAUAAAAUUGUAAAAAAUGUGGGGUGGGGGGCUGCUGUGGGAUUAUUUAAUCAACUUUGAGGUAGGGUUUCAGAUGUUAAAACUAAAGCCCUGAUGCAAUUUAUAUGUAGUUUGUUACCUAAAAGCCUCUGCAUUAACUUACAUUUUUAUAGAACUAAAUGUACAGGUAUGGCGUUGUGGUUUAGUAUGAGAGUAUUUAGUUUAAAAUAACAUUUUGAAUUGUAGAGUAUAGUUUACACAUUUUUCACACUGCCUUUGAAGUGGGGGGGGGAACUAAACUAUUCAGAUACUGCUGAACAAGAUUGUCUGCAAAAGGGUUAAAAGAAAAUGAAAACCAACGAUUGGUGGAUUUUGAAGCACAAUAAAAAAAAAAAUACAAAUCUGAUUUUGCUUUGUCUAUAGUUCAUUUCAGAAUUAAUCUGACCAAAAUGUUAUUUUUUAAUUUUUUACAUGAAGCAUAAAACAAAGGUGCCUCUAUGAAUGGUGGAACGUAAGACCACUGUAACGGUACACCCACGCUAUUUUAUAAUGUUGCAUAGGGUAAGCUAAGCCAUUGGAAAAAAAAUGUAUUGCAAAAAUGAACACAGUAUAUGUGUAAUAUUUCAACAUUAAACAAACUGUAUAAAAAGCAUAGCCUAUUCUUUUUAUUUGUGCACAAUUCAUCACAACACAAUUUGGUUUAAGAGUAUGCAAAAGCACUAAGGAAUAAGGACACUUCUCUUGCACUGAUAAAGGAAAUUCCACCAGUGUUGUGUAUUGUAUCAAUUAACUGCACACCAACCAAGAGUUGCAAGCUGUUGGUAAAGGACACUUAAAACACACACAUACUGUACACACACCACCCAGAGUAAACAAAUACACAA